CCAGCAGCACAGAGCUAAAGCCCAAACAAACAGUCCUAUUUCCCCUAUUCAUAUAUCCUCCUCACUCGUCCCUUCGCUCACCCCCGUUUCUAACUCAACUCAGUGCUCACACACAAAACUGAUAAAUCACUAUUUGGAGUCAGAGAGAUAGUGAAGCAUUGUAUUUCUUGCUUAUCGUCACCAUUAAUGCUAAUUGGUGACCGAAAGGAAAACUAAUUUGUUCUAAAAUGGAGCAAAGUAAGGCAACUUUCGAGAUCUUCACGAAACUGGAGCAGAAAUGGCUAUCUCACUGUGAACCUACUAAGAAGAUUCGAAUCCUUAGUAUCGAUGGUGGUGGAACGACUGGCAUUGUCGCUGCUGCUGCUCUUAUCCACCUUGAAGACCAGAUCCGACUCAAAACCGGUGAUCCGUAUGCUCAAAUUGCUGAUUUCUUCGAUAUGAUCUCCGGCACUGGCGUUGGUGCUAUCCUUGCUGCUAUGCUUUCUGCCGACGAUGGAACUGGCCAUCCACUUUUCACUGCUAGAGAAGCUGUUAAGUUUAUCACGCUGAACAACUCUCGGCUCUUUAGAGUCAAUAAGCUCGCCGGAGUUCUUCACCGUCGGAAAAAAUUCUCUGGUAAGAGCAUGGAUAAGGUGCUGAAGGAAAUGUUUAGGAGAGAAGACGGAACGGUUUUGACACUGAAGGACACGUGUAAGCCUCUCCUGGUUCCUUGCUUUGACCUCAACAGUUCAGCACCCUUUGUUUUCUCUCGCGCCGACGCUUCCGGAUCACCUAGCUUCAACUUCGAGCUUUGGAAAGUGUGCCGCGCCACGUCAGCCACUCCAAGCCUCUUCAAACCUUUCCGAUUGUCAUCCAUCGACGGCAAGACAUCGUGCUAUGCCGUGGACGGCGGUCUGGUCAUGAACAACCCUACCGCCGCCGCGGUAACGCACGUGCUCCAUAACAAGAGAGAUUUCCCUUCCGUUAACGGCGUUGAGGAUUUGAUGGUUUUGUCUUUAGGCAACGGUCCGUCGUGCGGAAGGUGGAAGGUCGGUAGUAACGGCGAAUGCUCCACUUCUUCCGUCGUUGACAUUGUGCUUGACGGUGUCUCGGAGACGGUGGACCAGAUGUUGGGGAACGCUUUCUGUUGGAACCGUACUGACUAUGUUCGAAUUCAGGCAAACGGACUGGGGAGUGGAAGGAUGAGAAUGGAGGAGGUACUGAAGGAAAGAGGGGUCGAGUCGUUACCGUUUGGCGGGAAGAGGUUACUGACGGAGACUAACGGAAAUAGAAUUGAAAGCUUUGUGCAACGCCUUGUUGCUUCCGGAAAAACCAGCCUCCCCCCAAGCCCCUGCAAGGAAUCAGCCGUCAGCCCACUAGCAAACGGCCGUUAGCUACUCAUUUUAAAUAUUUGUUCUCCUCUGUUUUCUUCUUUUUACCCACUCCUUUUGGUUUUCCUCUUUUAACCCUCCUUUUGUAAGUUGAAAUAUGGAGCAAACCUCCUCAAGAUCUACUUUUUAACUGCCCUACUUUGGAUAAAAAAUAGCUGCUACUUAGCCAAGUGUACUGAAGUAUUGAGUUAAUAAUGAUUUAAAUGAAUGACACGUCACUAUAUUACCAAAUUAAA